GCACAUGUUUGACUAAGACCUGGGGACUGCUAAAAUCCCUACUUGAUAGUUUUUAUUUCUCAGCUGUCGAGCUUUACAACAAUCUGUCAGUCUGGGACGGGAAACCAUGGGUGCCCCAGGACCCCGCAUUAUGAAGGCACAAUUGCUUCUUGGCGGCCUGAGUCUGGUGGCUGCCAAUUCCACAAUAGCUUCACCUUUUCCGGGACCGGGAGAGGCCUCGUUCGUUGCGCCCCCGGGGUUUCCUACCUCCAUUUUUUCCUCCUACUAUGUCUUGCCUACACGGCCAACCCAGGAGCCUCAGCCCAUCAUUGACGACCCCGUGCUCCACAAGACAUACCCAUUCAGCCUGACAGACCCUGAUGCAAUACCGACGAAGAACCAUAAUCCUGUCGUGUUCCCAGAACCACGUGCCAAUCUGACAGACCAGGAACAGCAAGCAUUGAUCAAAGAUGUGAAAGCUAAUGUGACCCGUAUCAUCCAUGAAGACGCCGCAGCAAAUAGUUGCGGGACAUGCAGAGAAGCUCUGGCGGCCGCGCAGCCUGCCGCUUGGUACGCGCCACUGCUGGUCCCAAAUGCCAUGAUCUCGCUGUGCACGGAGUUGAAUUUUGAAUCCAAGGACAAAUGCGAGGAAGAUUAUGCCCCAGCAGCGUUUGGGGCCGUCUGGACCCAGGUGCUGUCCCUUGCCGAUGUGAGCAGCCUAGAUGGUAACUACAUCUGUCAUACUUUGAACAAAACCUUCUGUGCUCGACCCUCGACCAGUCCGCUGGACGCAACCAAGCUGUUCCCGAAACCCAAACCCGCGAAUCCGCGCAUUCCGUCGGCUAGCGGCAAGCGUGUCAAGGUGCUGCAUCUAUCCGACAUCCACCUGGAUCCGCGGUAUUCUGUGGGCUCCGAGGCAGACUGCUCAUCGGAAUCGGGCAUGUGCUGCCGCACCAAUUUGCACAAUGAGGUUUCGCCGAAUAAGGUUCUCCUCCCUGCUUCGCCCUACGGGGAAUUUCUGUGCGAUACGCCGUAUGAUCUUGGGCUGGCUGCGCUGGAAGCAAUCGGCCCUUUGACGGGCACACGGAAGAGUAAGGAGGGGUUUGGCUUUUCGAUAUACACAGGAGAUAUGGUGUCGCACGACAGCCCCAUCGGCCAGGUCGAUCGCGAAUAUGUCCAGUAUACCGAGACCAGUAUCUUCAGGAUGAUGAAAUCGUACAUCUCGGGGCCGGUGUUUGCCGCGCUAGGCAAUCACGACACAAGCCCCGAGAAUAUAGAUUCUCCACAUAAGAUGCCGGGACCACUGGGUGAGCAACAGAGCUGGCACUACGACCAUGUUGCUGGACUGUGGCAGUAUGAAGGAUGGCUGAACGGGGAAGCCGCCGACGAAGCCCGCACGCACUACGGAGGAUACUCCACCAAAACCCCGCAAGGACUACGCAUUAUUUCAUGGAACACAGACUUCUGGUACAAAAACAACUACCUCAAUUUGAUCAACACAGCCGAGCCAGACCACUCGGGCGUCUUCGCCUGGAUGAUCGACGAGCUCCAACAAGCAGAAGACAACGGAGAGCGCGUAUGGAUCAUCGGCCACGUUCUAAGCGGCUGGGACGGUACAAGCCUCCACGCCAGUCCCUCCGACCUCUUCUACCAGAUCAUCGACCGCUACUCGCCACACGUCAUCGCGAACGUCUUCUUCGGCCACAGCCACGAAGACCAGUUUAUGGUCUACUACGCCAACAACGGCACCUCGCAGACGGCCGACACGGCGCUCACCACCGGGUGGAUCGGGCCCAGCAUCACGCCGCUGGAAAACCUGAACAGCGGGUUCCGCAUGUACGAGGUCGACACGGGCAACUUCGAGAUCUACGAGGCGUACACCUUCUUCAGCAACGUGUCCGACUUUUCGUCCCUGUCGGACACGGGGCCGGUGUUCCGCUUCGAGUACUCCACGCGGGAUACGUACGGGGCGCACGCGAAAUGGGACGCGGACGCCCCGCUGAACGCGACGUUCUGGCACCGCGUGACGGAGGCGAUGGAGAAGGACGGGGAGCUGGUCUCUCUGCAUAACACACUGCAGGGCAAGUCGAGUGUGAAGAGCCCGGAGUGUACGACCGCUGAGUGCCGGGCUGCUAAGAUCUGCUACAUGCGGAGUGGGAGUAUGGCGCUGGGGAGUCAGUGCACGCAGGGGUAA